AUGGUCCUCGUUGGUGGCUUGGCUUUGUUCUCAGACGGUUACAAUGCCCAGGUCAUCGGAUACAUGAAUCCUCUCUUUAAAGAGUUGUAUCCAGAUGCAUUCACUUCGACCAUCAAGACCAGAUUGUCCAACGCUUUUCUUAUCGGCGAAGUGUUUGGCAUGCUGUUCUUUGGCUGGGGAAUCGACAAACUGGGACGCAGGACAGGCAUCGUCUUUGCAACUUUGUUUUUAAUCUUGGGUAUCGUUCUUGCUACUGCGGCGCAUGGCAAAACGCCAACCGGCAUGUUCUGGAUGAUGAUCGUUGGCCGUGGUGUUGCCGGAUUCGGAGCUGGAGGAGAAUAUCCCACAUGCGGAACUGGCAGUGCCGAAGCUUCGGAUGAGACCGCCUUUGUAAGGCGCCGUCGCGGCAUGCUUGUCGCUGUCGCCACUGAUUUCGCCAUUGAUCUAGGCUUCGUGAUGGCCGGUGUCAUCGUGCUGAUUAUCUUGGCAGCCUACCAUCAGCAUAUUAACGAUGGUGUGUGGCGUGUCUCUUUCGGGCUCGGCUUCGUUCUUCCCGUUGGCCUUUUGUUCUUCCGUCUUCGUUUGAUCAACUCCUCGCAGUAUCGGAAGCAUGCUAUGAAGACGCACAUUCCUUACUGGCUGGUGAUUAAGCGCUACUGGAAGCCAAUGCUUGGAACGUCGCUGGCUUGGUUUUUCUACGAUUUUGUUACUUAUCCCUUUGGUAUCUUUGGUUCCACCAUCAUCGGAACCUUGAACCCCAACAACACCCUCGUCCAAAACAUUGGCUAUGGCACUGUUCUGAACUGCUUUUACCUUCCCGGAACUCUCAUUGGCGGCUUUCUCAUGGACAGAAUUGGACGCAAACAGACCAUGGCACUUGGUUUCUUCCUAUGGUCCAUCCUUGGUUUCAUCAUUGGAGGUGCUCUCAACCCCAUCACGAGUGUAUUCCCACUCUUUGUCGUUUUGUAUGGCAUCUUCAACACCUUGGGAGAAAUGGGUCCCGGUGUCGGCACCUUUCUCUGCGGAGCUGAAUCCUUCCCUACCCCAGUACGAGGCCACUUCCUGGGCCUUGCUGCUGCCGUUGGCAAAGCCGGUGCUGCGAUUGGCACACAAGUUUUCACGCCCAUCCAGAACUCUUUCUCCGAUUCACAAAAGGGAGUUCAGGGAGUUUUCCUUAUCGGAGCCGCAUUUGCCAUGGUUGGUUGCAUUGUUACGUGGUUCCUGAUUCCUGAUAAGGAGAAGGAUCUCGAAAGCGAAGACGCCCGAUUCCGUGCUUACCUUGAGGAGAAUGGAUAUGAGGGAACGUUUGGAGAAUCUAUGGAUGACGAGAUCAAAAGUACUGCUUUCCAUAUUUAG